AUGGACUCUGCUUAUAGUUAAAGCUGUAACAUUGUCCGGUGCAUAGCCAUUCUCCAAGCUGUAUACCAUCUCUAGUGUUUAGCCUAGUUAUUCUGUGAAAUGGACGGGUACUCUAAGGGAUUAUCUCGGUGGUGGUAUGUGGGGUAUAAACUUGCUGAAGCCUCUUGGUUUCAUUCUAGUAGUGAUUCAGUUAUUGUCAGAUGUAGUUCUAGGGCAUCUGACUGUAAUCCUCUCUCCACUAUAAUGUGUCUGUCCUCCUCUCUCCACUAUAAUGUGUGUCUGUCCUCCUCUCUUCACUAUAAUGUCUGUCUGUCCUCCUCUCUCCACUAUAAUGUGUGUCUGUCCUCGUCUCUCCAUUAUAAUGUGUGUCUGUCCUUCUCUCUCCACUAUAAUGUGUGUCUGUCCUCCUCUCUCCACUAUAAUGUGUGUCUGUCCUCCUCUCUCCACUAUAAUGUGUGUCUGUCCUCCUCUCUCCACUAUAAUAUGUCUGUCCUCCUCUCUCCACUAUAAUGUGUGUCUGUCCUCCUCUCUCCACUAUAAAGUGUCUGUCCUCCUCUCUCCACUAUAAUGUGUGUCUGUCCUCCUCUCUCCACUAUAAUGUGUGUCUGUCCUCCUCUCUCCACUAUAAUGUGUGUCUGUCCUCCUCUCUCCACUAUAAUGUGUCUGUCCUCGUCUCUCCACUAUAAUGUGUGUAUGUCCUCCUCUCUCCACUAUAAUGUGUGUCUGUCCUCCUCUCUCCACUAUAAUGUGUGUCUGUCCUCCUCUCUCCACUAUAAAGUGUCUCUCCUCCUCUCUCCACUAUACUGUGUCUGUCCUCCUCUCUCCACUGUAAUGUGUGUCUGUCCUUCUCUCUCCACUAUAAUGUGUGUCUGUCCUCCUCUCUCCACUAUAAUGUGUGUCUGUCCUCCUCUCUCCACUAUAAUGUGUGUCUGUCCUCCUCUCUCCACUAUAAUGUGUGUCUGUCCUCCUCUCUCCACUAUAAUGUGUGUCUGUCCUCCUCUCUCCACUAUAAUGUGUGUCUGUCCUCCUCUCUCCACUAUAAUGUGUGUCUGUCCUCCUCUCUCCACUAUAAUGUGUGUCUGUCCUCCUCUCUCCACUAUAAUGUGUCUGUCCUCGUCUCUCCACUAUAAUGUGUGUCUGUCCUCCUCUCUCCACUAUAAUGUGUGUCUGUCCUCCUCUCUCCACUAUAAUGUGUGUCUGUCCUCCUCUCUCCACUAUAAAGUGUCUCUCCUCCUCUCUCCACUAUAAUGUGUCUGUCCUCCUCUCUCCACUAUAAUGUGUGUCUGUCCUCCUCUCUCCACUAUAAUGUGUGUCUGUCCUCCUCUCUCCACUAUAAUGUGUGUCUGUCCUCCUCUCUCCACUAUAAAGUGUCUGUCCUCCUCUCUCCACUAUAAUGUGUCUGUCCUCCUCUCUCCACUAUAAUGUGUCUGUCCUCCUCACUCCACUAUAAUGUGUCUGUCCUCCUCUCUCCAUUAUAAUGUGUCUGUCCUCCUCUCUCCACUAUAAUGUGUGUCUGUCCUCCUCUCUCCACUAUAAUAUGUCUGUCCUCCUCUCUCCAUUAUAAUAUGUCUGUCCUCCUCUCUCCACUAUAAUGUGUGUCUGUCCUCCUCUCUCCACUAUAAUAUGUCUGUCCUCCUCUCUCCAUUAUAAUGUGUGUCUGUCCUCCUCUCUCCACUAUAAUAUGUCUGUCUUCCUCUCUCCACUAUAAUGUGUUUCUGUCCUCCUCUCUCCACUAUAAUGUGUUUCUGUCCUCCUCUCUCCACUAUAAUGUGUCUGUCCUCCUCUCUCCACUAUAAUGUGUGUGUGUCCUCCUCUCUCCACUAUAAUGUGUGUCUGUCCUCCUCUCUCCACUAUAAUGUGUGUCUGUCCUCCUCUCUCCAUUAUAAUGUGUCUGUCCUCCUCUCUCCACUAUAAUGUGUGUCUGUCCUCCUCUCUCCACUAUAAUAUGUCUGUCCUCCUCUCUCCAUUAUAAUGUGUGUCUGUCCUCCUCUCUCCACUAUAAUAUGUCUGUCCUCCUCUCUCCACUAUAAUGUGUGUCUGUCCUCCUCUCUCCAUUAUAAUGUGUGUCUGGCCUCCUCUCUCCACUAUAAUAUGUCUGUCCUCCUCCCUCCACUAUAAUAUGUCUGUCCUCCUCUCUCCAUUAUAAUGUGUGUCUGGCCUCCUCUCUCCACUAUAAUAUGUCUGUCCUCCUCUCUCCACUAUAAUGUGUGUCUGUCCUCCUCUCUCCACUAUAAUGUGUGUCUGUCCUCCUCUCUCCACUAUAAUGUGUGUCUGUCCUCCUCUCUCCACUAUAAUGUGUGUCUGUCCUCGUCUCUCCACUAUAAUGUGUGUCUGUCCUCCUCUCUCCACUAUAAUGUGUGUCUGUCCUCCUCUCUCCACUAUAAUGUGUCUGUCCUCCUCUCUCCACUAUAAUGUGUCUGUCCUCCUCUCUCCAUUAUAAUGUGUCUGUCCUCCUCUCUCCACUAUAAUGUGUGUCUGUCCUCCUCUCUCCACUAUAAUAUGUCUGUCCUCCUCUCUCCAUUAUAAUAUGUCUGUCCUCCUCUCUCCACUAUAAUGUGUGUCUGUCCUCCUCUCUCCACUAUAAUAUGUCUGUCCUCCUCUCUCCAUUAUAAUGUGUGUCUGUCCUCCUCUCUCCACUAUAAUAUGUAUGUCCUCCUCUCUCCACUAUAAUGUGUCUGUCCUCCUCUCUCCACUAUAAUGUGUUUCUGUCCUCCUCUCUCCAUUAUAAUGUGUGUCUGUCCUCCUCUCUCCACUAUAAUAUGUCUGUCCUCCUCUCUCCACUAUAAUGUGUUUCUGUCCUCCUCUCUCCACUAUAAUCUGUUUCUGUCCUCCUCUCUCCACUAUAAUGUGUCUGUCCUCCUCUCUCCAUUAUAAUGUGUGUCUGUCCUCCCCUUCCACUAUAAUAUGUCUGUCCUCCUCUCUCCACUAUAAUGUGUUUCUGUCCUCCUCUCUCCACUAUAAUGUGUCUGUCCUCCUCUCUCCACUAUAAUGUGUGUCUGUCCUCCUUUCUCCAUUAUAAUGUGUGUCUGUCCUCCUCUCUCCACUAUAAUGUGUGUCUGUCCUCCUCUCUCCAUUAUAAUGUGUCUGUCCUCCUCUCUCCACUAUAAUGUGUGUCUGUCCUCCUCUCUCCAUUAUAAUGUGUCUGUCCUCCUCUCUCCACUAUAAUGUGUGUCUGUCCGCCUCUCUCCACUAUAAUGUGUGUCUGUCCUCCUCUCUCCACUAUAAUGUGUGUCUGUCCUCCUCUCUCCACUAUAAUGUGUGUCUGUCCUCGUCUCUCCACUAUAAUGUGUGUCUGUCCUCCUCUCUCCACUAUAAUGUGUGUCUGUCCUCCUCUCUCCACUAUAAUGUGUCUGUCCUCCUCUCUCCAUUAUAAUGUGUCUGUCCUCCUCUCUCCACUAUAAUGUGUGUCUGUCCUCCUCUCUCCACUAUAAUAUGUCUGUCCUCCUCUCUCCAUUAUAAUAUGUCUGUCCUCCUCUCUCCACUAUAAUGUGUGUCUGUCCUCCUCUCUCCACUAUAAUAUGUCUGUCCUCCUCUCUCCAUUAUAAUGUGUGUCUAUCCUCCUCUCUCCACUAUAAUAUGUAUGUCCUCCUCUCUCCACUAUAAUGUGUCUGUCCUCCUCUCUCCACUAUAAUGUGUGUCUGUCCUCCUCUCUCCAUUAUAAUGUGUGUCUGUCCUCCUCUCUCCACUAUAAUAUGUCUGUCCUCCUCUCUCCACUAUAAUGUGUUUCUGUCCUCCUCUCUCCACUAUAAUAUGUUUCUGUCCUCCUCUCUCCACUAUAAUGUGUCUGUCCUCCUCUCUCCAUUAUAAUGUGUGUCUGUCCUCCUCUCUCCACUAUAAUAUGUCUGUCCUCCUCUCUCCACUAUAAUGUGUUUCUGUCCUCCUCUCUCCACUAUAAUGUGUCUGUCCUCCUCUCUCCACUAUAAUGUGUGUCUGUCCUCCUCUCUCCACUAUAAUGUGUGUCUGUCCUCCUCUCUCCACUAUAAUGUGUGUCUGUCCUCCUCUCUCCACUAUAAUGUGUGUCUGUCCUCCUCUCUCCAUUAUAAUGUGUCUGUCCUCCUCUCUCCACUAUAAUGUGUGUAUGUCCUCCUCUCUCCACUAUAAUGUGUGUCUGUCCUCCUCUCUCCACUAUAAUGUGUGUCUGUCCUCCUCUCUCCACUAUAAAGUGUCUCUCCUCCUCUCUCCACUAUACUGUGUCUGUCCUCCUCUCUCCACUGUAAUGUGUGUCUGUCCUUCUCUCUCCACUAUAAUGUGUGUCUGUCCUCCUCUCUCCACUAUAAUGUGUGUCUGUCCUCCUCUCUCCACUAUAAUGUGUGUCUGUCCUCCUCUCUCCACUAUAAUGUGUGUCUGUCCUCCUCUCUCCACUAUAAUGUGUCUGUCCUCUCUCCACUAUAAUGUGUCUGUCCUCCUCUCUCCACUAUAAUGUGUGUCUGUCCUCCUCUCUCCACUAUAAUGUGUGUCUGUCCUCCUCUCUCCACUAUAAAGUGUCUCUCCUCCUCCUCUCCACUAUAAUGUGUCUGUCCUCCUCUCUCCACUAUAUGUGUGUCUGUCCUCCUCUCUCCACUAUAAUGUGUGUCUGUCCUCCUCUCUCCACUAUAAUGUGUGUCUGUCCUCCUCUCUCCACUAUAAAGUGUCCUGUCCUCCUCUCUCCACUAUAAUGUGUCUGUCCUCCUCUCUCCACUAUAAUGUGUCUGUCCUCCUCACUCCACUAUAAUGUGUCUGUCCUCCUCUCUCCAUUAUAAUGUGUCUGUCCUCCUCUCUCCACUAUAAUGUGUGUCUGUCCUCCUCUCUCCACUAUAAUAUGUCUGUCCUCCUCUCUCCAUUAUAAUAUGUCUGUCCUCCUCUCUCCACUAUAAUGUGUGUCUGUCCUCCUCUCUCCACUAUAAUAUGUCUGUCCUCCUCUCUCCAUUAUAAUGUGUGUCUGUCCCUCCUCUCUCCACUAUAAUAUGUCUGUCUUCCUCUCUCCACUAUAAUGUGUUUCUGUCCUCCUCUCUCCACUAUAAUGUGUUUCUGUCCUCCUCUCUCCACUAUAAUGUGUCUGUCCUCCUCUCUCCACUAUAAUGUGUGUGUGUCCUCCUCUCUCCACUAUAAUGUGUGUCUGUCCUCCUCUCUCCACUAUAAUGUGUGUCUGUCCUCCUCUCUCCAUUAUAAUGUGUCUGUCCUCCUCUCUCCACUAUAAUGUGUGUCUGUCCUCCUCUCUCCACUAUAAUAUGUCUGUCCUCCUCUCUCCAUUAUAAUGUGUGUCUGUCCUCCUCUCUCCACUAUAAUAUGUCUGUCCUCCUCUCUCCACUAUAAUGUGUGUCUGUCCUCCUCUCUCCAUUAUAAUGUGUGUCUGGCCUCCUCUCUCCACUAUAAUAUGUCUGUCCUCCUCCCUCCACUAUAAUAUGUCUGUCCUCCUCUCUCCAUUAUAAUGUGUGUCUGGCCUCCUCUCUCCACUAUAAUAUGUCUGUCCUCCUCUCUCCACUAUAAUGUGUGUCUGUCCUCCUCUCUCCACUAUAAUGUGUGUCUGUCCUCCUCUCUCCACUAUAAUGUGUGUCUGUCCUCCUCUCUCCACUAUAAUGUGUGUCUGUCCUCGUCUCUCCACUAUAAUGUGUGUCUGUCCUCCUCUCUCCACUAUAAUGUGUGUCUGUCCUCCUCUCUCCACUAUAAUGUGUCUGUCCUCCUCUCUCCACUAUAAUGUGUCUGUCCUCCUCUCUCCAUUAUAAUGUGUCUGUCCUCCUCUCUCCACUAUAAUGUGUGUCUGUCCUCCUCUCUCCACUAUAAUAUGUCUGUCCUCCUCUCUCCAUUAUAAUAUGUCUGUCCUCCUCUCUCCACUAUAAUGUGUGUCUGUCCUCCUCUCUCCACUAUAAUAUGUCUGUCCUCCUCUCUCCAUUAUAAUGUGUGUCUGUCCUCCUCUCUCCACUAUAAUAUGUAUGUCCUCCUCUCUCCACUAUAAUGUGUCUGUCCUCCUCUCUCCACUAUAAUGUGUGUCUGUUCUCCUCUCUCCAUUAUAAUGUGUGUCUGUCCUCCUCUCUCCACUAUAAUAUGUCUGUCCUCCUCUCUCCACUAUAAUGUGUUUCUGUCCUCCUCUCUCCACUAUAAUCUGUUUCUGUCCUCCUCUCUCCACUAUAAUGUGUCUGUCCUCCUCUCUCCAUUAUAAUGUGUGUCUGUCCUCCCCUUCCACUAUAAUAUGUCUGUCCUCCUCUCUCCACUAUAAUGUGUUUCUGUCCUCCUCUCUCCACUAUAAUGUGUCUGUCCUCCUCUCUCCACUAUAAUGUGUGUCUGUCCUCCUCUCUCCAUUAUAAUGUGUGUCUGUCCUCCUCUCUCCACUAUAAUGUGUGUCUGUCCUCCUCUCUCCAUUAUAAUGUGUCUGUCCUCCUCUCUCCACUAUAAUGUGUGUCUGUCCUCCUCUCUCCAUUAUAAUGUGUCUGUCCUCCUCUCUCCACUAUAAUGUGUGUCUGUCCGCCUCUCUCCACUAUAAUGUGUGUCUGUCCUCCUCUCUCCACUAUAAUGUGUGUCUGUCCUCCUCUCUCCACUAUAAUGUGUGUCUGUCCUCGUCUCUCCACUAUAAUGUGUGUCUGUCCUCCUCUCUCCACUAUAAUGUGUGUCUGUCCUCCUCUCUCCACUAUAAUGUGUCUGUCCUCCUCUCUCCACUAUAAUGUGUCUGUCCUCCUCUCUCCAUUAUAAUGUGUCUGUCCUCCUCUCUCCACUAUAAUGUGUGUCUGUCCUCCUCUCUCCACUAUAAUAUGUCUGUCCUCCUCUCUCCAUUAUAAUAUGUCUGUCCUCCUCUCUCCACUAUAAUGUGUGUCUGUCCUCCUCUCUCCACUAUAAUAUGUCUGUCCUCCUCUCUCCAUUAUAAUGUGUGUCUGUCCUCCUCUCUCCACUAUAAUAUGUAUGUCCUCCUCUCUCCACUAUAAUGUGUCUGUCCUCCUCUCUCCACUAUAAUGUGUGUCUGUCCUCCUCUCUCCAUUAUAAUGUGUGUCUGUCCUCCUCUCUCCACUAUAAUAUGUCUGUCCUCCUCUCUCCACUAUAAUGUGUUUCUGUCCUCCUCUCUCCACUAUAAUCUGUUUCUGUCCUCCUCUCUCCACUAUAAUGUGUCUGUCCUCCUCUCUCCAUUAUAAUGUGUGUCUGUCCUCCUCUCUCCACUAUAAUAUGUCUGUCCUCCUCUCUCCACUAUAAUGUGUUUCUGUCCUCCUCUCUCCACUAUAAUGUGUCUGUCCUCCUCUCUCCACUAUAAUGUGUGUCUGUCCUCCUCUCUCCACUAUAAUGUGUGUCUGUCCUCCUCUCUCCACUAUAAUGUGUGUCUGUCCUCCUCUCUCCACUAUAAUGUGUGUCUGUCCUCGUCUCUCCACUAUAAUGUGUGUCUGUCCUCCUCUCUCCACUAUAAUGUGUGUCUGUCCUCCUCUCUCCACUAUAAUGUGUCUGUCCUCCUCUCUCCACUAUAAUGUGUCUGUCCUCCUCUCUCCAUUAUAAUGUGUCUGUCCUCCUCUCUCCACUAUAAUGUGUGUCUGUCCUCCUCUCUCCACUAUAAUAUGUCUGUCCUCCUCUCUCCAUUAUAAUAUGUCUGUCCUCCUCUCUCCACUAUAAUGUGUGUCUGUCCUCCUCUCUCCACUAUAAUAUGUCUGUCCUCCUCUCUCCAUUAUAAUGUGUGUCUGUCCUCCUCUCUCCACUAUAAUAUGUAUGUCCUCCUCUCUCCACUAUAAUGUGUCUGUCCUCCUCUCUCCACUAUAAUGUGUGUCUGUUCUCCUCUCUCCAUUAUAAUGUGUGUCUGUCCUCCUCUCUCCACUAUAAUAUGUCUGUCCUCCUCUCUCCACUAUAAUGUGUUUCUGUCCUCCUCUCUCCACUAUAAUCUGUUUCUGUCCUCCUCUCUCCACUAUAAUGUGUCUGUCCUCCUCUCUCCAUUAUAAUGUGUGUCUGUCCUCCCCUUCCACUAUAAUAUGUCUGUCCUCCUCUCUCCACUAUAAUGUGUUUCUGUCCUCCUCUCUCCACUAUAAUGUGUCUGUCCUCCUCUCUCCACUAUAAUGUGUGUCUGUCCUCCUCUCUCCAUUAUAAUGUGUGUCUGUCCUCCUCUCUCCACUAUAAUGUGUGUCUGUCCUCCUCUCUCCAUUAUAAUGUGUCUGUCCUCCUCUCUCCACUAUAAUGUGUGUCUGUCCUCCUCUCUCCAUUAUAAUGUGUCUGUCCUCCUCUCUCCACUAUAAUGUGUGUCUGUCCGCCUCUCUCCACUAUAAUGUGUGUCUGUCCUCCUCUCUCCACUAUAAUGUGUGUCUGUCCUCCUCUCUCCACUAUAAUGUGUGUCUGUCCUCGUCUCUCCACUAUAAUGUGUGUCUGUCCUCCUCUCUCCACUAUAAUGUGUGUCUGUCCUCCUCUCUCCACUAUAAUGUGUCUGUCCUCCUCUCUCCACUAUAAUGUGUCUGUCCUCCUCUCUCCAUUAUAAUGUGUCUGUCCUCCUCUCUCCACUAUAAUGUGUGUCUGUCCUCCUCUCUCCACUAUAUAUGUCUGUCCUCCUCUCUCCAUUAUAAUAUGUCUGUCCUCCUCUCUCCACUAUAAUGUGUGUCUGUCCUCCUCUCUCCACUAUAAUAUGUCUGUCCUCCUCUCUCCAUUAUAAUGUGUGUCUGUCCUCCUCUCUCCACUAUAAUAUGUAUGUCCUCCUCUCUCCACUAUAAUGUGUCUGUCCUCCUCUCUCCACUAUAAUGUGUGUCUGUCCUCCUCUCUCCAUUAUAAUGUGUGUCCGUCCUCCUCUCUCCACUAUAAUAUGUCUGUCCUCCUCUCUCCACUAUAAUGUGUUUCUGUCCUCCUCUCUCCACUAUAAUCUGUUUCUGUCCUCCUCUCUCCACUAUAAUGUGUCUGUCCUCCUCUCUCCAUUAUAAUGUGUGUCUGUCCUCCUCUCUCCACUAUAAUAUGUCUGUCCUCCUCUCUCCACUAUAAUGUGUGUCUGUCCUCCUCUCUCCAUUAUAAUGUGUGUCUGUCCUCCUCUCUCCACUAUAAUGUGUGUCUGUCCUCCUCUCUCCACUAUAAUGUGUGUCUGUCCUCCUCUCUCCACUAUAAUGUGUGUCUGUCCUCCUCUCUCCAUUAUAAUGUGUCUGUCCUCCUCUCUCCACUAUAAUGUGUGUCUGUCCUCCUCUCUCCACUAUAAUGUGUGUCUGUCCUCGUCUCUCUAUGUGCGUCUACCGUUGCUGAAGCAUUGCCCUCCCUCCCUCCCUCCCUCCCUCCCUCCCUCUCUCCUCCUCCCCUCCCUCUUCCUACUAAAUCCCUGCUUGGCCCCCUUGGGUGUACCCGCAUCCUGUCAGAGUGCCACUGUGAGUGACUUUCAUUAGGUAACCCCCCCACAAGCUCAGUCAUGCACAAACACACCACAGACUGCCACUCUGGCCACAGACCAGACAACUAAAGCCAUUCUGAUCCUAGUCUCGAUGCUAGCAAGCAGCGUCGUUGCGCAGUAUAGCAUUGCGCUGAACAUUGAACAGCUGUAGUGCAGCCUAGGGGGGAUGUAUUACAGUUUAUCAACUUAUUAAUUUGUCACAGAAACUUAUUCCACUUGUCUUGUGUGGACUGAGAAUGUAGGAAUAUCCAGCUGUAGAAACACAUAUACAGUGAGGGAAAAAAUUAUUUGAUCCCCAACUGAUUUUGUACGUUUGCCCACUGACAAAGAAAUGAUCAGUCUAUAAUUUUAAUGGUAGGUUUCUUUGAACAGUGAGAGACAGAAGAACAACAACAAAAUCCAGAAAAACGCAUGUCAAAAAUGUUAAAAAUUGAUUUACAUUUUAAUGAGGGAAAAAUGUAUUUGACCCCCUCUCAUUCAGAAAUAUUUCUGGCUCCCAGGUGUCUUUUACACAGGUAACGAGCUGAGAUUAGGAGCACACUCUUAAAGGGAGUGCUCCUAAUCUCAGCUUGUUACCUGUAUAAAAGACACCUGUCCACAGAAGCAAUCAAUCAAUCAGAUUCCAAACUCUCCGCCAUGGCCAAGACGAAAGAGCUCUCCAAGGAUGUCAGGGACAAGAUUGUAGACCUACACAAGGCUGGAAUGGGCUACAAGACCAUCACCAAGCAGCUUGGUGAGAAGGUGACAACAGUUGGGGCGAUUAUUCGCAAAUGGAAGAAACACAAAAGAACUGUCAAUCUCCCUCGGCCUGGGGUUCCAUGCAAGAUCUCACCUCGUGGAGUUGCAAUGAUCAUGAGAACGGUGAGGAAUCAGCCCAGAACUACACGGGAGGAUCUUGUCAGUGAUCUCAAGGCAGCUGGGACCAUAGUCACCAAGAAAACAAUUGAUAACACACUAUGCUGUGAAGGACUGAAAUCCUGCAGCACCCGCAAGGUCCCCCUGCUCAAUAAAGCACAUAUACAGGCCAUCUGAAGUUUGCCAAUGAACAUCUGAAUGAUUCAGAGGAGAACUGGGUGAAAGUGUUGUGGUCAGAUGAGACCAAAAUGUAGCUCUUUGGCAUCAACUGAACUCGCCGUGUUUGGAGGAGGAGGACUGCUGCCUAUGACCCCAAGAACACCAUCCCCACCGUCAAACAUGGAGGUGGAAACAUUAUGCUUUGGGGGUGUUUUUCUGCUAAGGGGACAGGACAACUUCACCGCAUCAAAGGGAUGAUGGACGGGGCCAUGUACCGUCAAAUCUUGGGUGAGAACCUCCUUCCCUCAGCCAGGGCAUUGAAAAUGGGUCGUGGAUGGGUAUUCCAUCAUGACAAUGAUCCAAAACACAUGGCCAAGUCAACAAAGGAGUGGCUCAAGAAGAAGCACAUUAAGGUCCUGGAGUGGAUCUGCAAAGAGGAGUGGGACAAAAUCCCUCCUGAGAUGUGUGUAAACCUGGUGGCCAACUACAAGAAACAUCUGACCUCUGUGAUUGCCAACAAGGGUUUUGCCACCAAGUACUAAGUCAUGUUUUGCAGAGGGGUCAAAUACUUAUUUCCCUCAUUAAAAUCCAAAUCAAUUUAUAACAUUUUUGACAUGCGUUUUUCUGGAUUUUUUUGUUGUUAUUCUGUCUCUCACUGUUCAAAUACACCUACCAUUAAAAUGAUAGACUGAUAAUGUCUUUGUCAGUGGGCAAACUUACAAAAUCAGCAGGGGAUCAAAUACUUUUUUCCCUCACUGUACAGUGGGGAAAAAAAGUAUUUAGUCAGCCACCAAUUGUGCAAGUUCUCCCACUUAAAAAGAUGAGAGAGGCCUGUAAUUUUCAUCAUAGGUACACGUCAACUAUGACAGACAAAAUGAGAAAAAAAAUCCAGAAAAUCACAUUGUAGGAUUUUUUAUGAAUUUAAUUGCAAAUUAUGGUGGAAAAUAAGUAUUUGGUCAAUAACAAAAGUUUCUCAAUACAUUGUUAUAUACCCUUUGUUGGCAAUGACAUAGGUCAAACGUUUUCUGCAAGUCUUCACAAGGUUUUCACACACUGUUGCUGGUAUUUUGGCCCAUUCUUCCAUGCAGAUCUCCUCUAGAGCAGUGAUGUUUUAGGGCUGUCGCUGGGCAACACGGACUUUCAACUCCCUCCAAAGAUUUUCUAUGGGGUUGAGAUCUGGAGACUGGCUGGGCCACUCCAGGACCUUGAAAUGCUUCUUACGAAGCCACUCCUUCAUUGCCCGGUCAGUGUGUUUGGGAUCAUUGUCAUGCUGAAAGACCCAGCCACAUUUCAUCUUCAAUGCCCUUGCUUAUGGAAGGAGGUUUUCACUCAAAAUCUCACGAUACAUGGCCCCAUUCAUUCUUUCCUUUACACAGAUCAGUCGUCCUGGUCCCUUUGCAGAAAAACAGCCCCAAAGCAUGAUGUUUCCACCCCUAUGCUUCACAGUAGGUAUGGUGUUCUUUGGGUGCAACUCAGCAUUCUUUGUCCUCCAAACACGAUGAGUUGAGUUUUUACCAAAAAGUUAUAUUUUGUUUUCAUCUGACCAUAUGACAUUCUCCCAAUCCUCUUCUGGAUCAUCCAAAUGCACUCUAGCAAACUUCAAACGGGCCUGGACAUGUACUGGCUUAAGCAGGGGGACACGUCUGGCACUGCAGGAUUUGAGUCCCUGGUGGCAUAGUGUGUUACUGAUGGUAGGCUUUGUUACUUUGGUCCCAGCUCUCUGCAGGUCAUUCACUAGGCCCCCCUGUGUGGUUCUGGGAUUUUUGCUCACCGUUCUUGUGAUCAUUUUGACCCCACGGGGUGAGAUCUUGCGUGGAGCCCCAGAUCGAGGGAGAUUAUCAGUGGUCUUGUAUGUCUUCCAUUUCCUAAUAAUUGCUCCUACUGUUGAUUUCUUCAAACCAAGCUGCUUACCUAUUGCAAUUCAGUCUUCCCAGCCUGGUGCAGGUCUACAAUUUUGUUUCUGGUGUCCUUUGACAGCUCUUUGGUCUUGGCCAUAGUGGAGUUUGGAGUGUGACUGUUUGAGGUUGUGGACAGGUGUCUAUUAUACUGAUAACAAGUUCAAACAGGUGCCAUUAAUACAGGUAAUGAGUGGAGGACAGAGGAGCCUCUUAAAGAAUAAGUUACAGGUCUGUGAGAGCCAGAAAUCUUGCUUGUUUGUAGGUGACCAAAUACUUAUUUUCCACCAUAAUUUGCAAAUAAAUUCAUAAAAAAUCCUACAAUGUGAUUUUCUGGAUUUUUUUCUCUCAAUUUGUCUGUCAUAGUUGACGUGUACCUAUGAUGAAAAUUACAGGCCUCUCUCAUCUUUUUAAGUGGGAGAACUUGCACAAUUGGUGGCUGACUAAAAACUUUUUUCCCCCACUGUAACUGUAUACUGUGUGUUAGCUCAGUGUUGUUUGUUCGUCUGAUAAUCCAAGACACUGUGAAAUAUCAUAAGACUGGUAUAUAGAUGUGAUGUUGCUAUUAUUGGUGCUAUUUUCAUUUUUCUGGAUGCAUUUUUUAUAUUUUAUUUUUCUACGGUUAGUGAAGACAGAGUAGAGCAGUGCCUUCAGUAUGCUUAGAGACGUUUCCAAUUUGUUCAAUUUGUUAUUUGAAUGAAAACAUUAAUAAUUAACCUUGGGCUAUGAAGACGUUAAGUUAUGACGUGCACAAGCCCAGCCAGCAGGCAACACAUAGUGAGGUCGUAAAUCAUUAAGAAGUGCACAAUCAUUGUUGAGCAAUACAUGAAUACUUUAAUGGUGGAGGCAGGAGGCUAAAUCUAGAAAUAUGUAAAUGAGGAUGUGAAUGGGUAGCAAGGUAACGGGUUAACACAAUAUGUGUGUUUGAUGUGAUGUGUGUGUUUGUGUGUGUGUGUGUGUGUGCUCCUGUUGUGUGUGUGUGUGUGUGUAUGAACAUAAGUGUUUUUUCUUGAACCUGCUGUCUCCUGUAUUGCAGAAAGCAGAGAGAACUCGUUCAGCCGCUCGCGGAGCUCCAGUGUGUCCAGUAUCGACCGCGACACCAAGGAAGCGGUGACCAAGCUGCAGUUUGGAGAGUCAUACGGUCGUAAAGGUGACACGCUGCCCACCGCCUGCCUGUGGGUGGGCACCAGCCUGGGAAUGGUCCUCCUACUGCCCAUGUCCAUCCCCACAGAGAAGGAGAGGCUGGAGGAGCCUGUCACCACGAGGCCCAGCGGUGAGACUCCUCUGGGGGAAGGAGAGCCUUGAUGUGGCCUGCUUUAGCCUAUUUUAUUUUAUUACAUGAUGUGUUAUGAUGAGUUUCUAGGGUAUCAAGUGAUCAAGAAUGUACUGAUAUACUUAGACACUUUUGAUGGGGAGUUCAUAUAAGAUAUUUUAAUAUGGUACCGUGGUUAGUUAUAACAGAAGAAGGACAUAGCCCUGCCUCUGUCAUCUUCCAACUCCAGAACAAAGAAGAUAUCUGAACGUAUAUGCACUCUGCUACACGUUUCUCCACGGACAUCUGGUAAACCUCCAUGGGCACUGCCUUUCUUUGACGUUAUUACCCUUUACCCCUGUCACAAUAUCCUGUCCCAUCAAUUAUUCUAAGAUCAACAUCAGUAGUCUCCUUUGACAUAAGGAAUGCAGACUCUGUGACACCAAAACACUUAUCUACCAACGUCUCCCCUGGUCCACACAAUACUAUGACAUGACAUCAUUACAACGUGAUGGUAAUGGAGAAAUGACUGACUGACUCGCAGGGUGGGGCGCACGUUCUUCUCUGUCCUCCUACAGUGAGGGGGGAAAAAAGUAUUUGAUCCCCUGCUGAUUUUGUACGUUUGCCCACUGACAAAGACAUGAUCAGUCUAUAAUUUUAAUGGUAGGUUUAUUUGAACAGUGAGAGACAGAAUAACAACAAACAUAUCCAGAAAAACGCAUGUCAAAAAUGUUAUAAAUUGAUUUGCAUUUUAAUGAAGGAAAUAAGUAUUUGACCCCUCUGCAAAACAUGACUUAGUACUUGGUGGCAAAACCCUUAUUAGCAAUCACAGAGGUCAGACGUUUCUUGUAGUUGGCCACCAGGUUUGCACACAUCUCAGGAGGGAUUUUGUCCCACUCCUCUUUGCAGAUCUUCUCCAAGUCAUUAAAGUUUCGAGGCUGACGUUUGGCAACUCGAACCUUCAGCUCCCUCCACAGAUUUUCUAUGGGAUUAAGGUCUGGAGACUGGCUAGGCCACUCCAGGACCUUAAUGUGCUUCUUCUUGGGCCACUCCUUUGUUGCCUUGGCCGUGUGUUUUGGGUCAUUGUCAUGCUGGAAUACCCAUCCACAACCCAUUUUCAAUGCCCUGGCUGAGGGAAGGAGGUUCUCACCCAAGAUUUGACGGUACAUGGCCCCGUCCAUCGUCCCUUUGAUGCGGUGAAGUUGUCCUGUCCCCUUAGCAGAAAAACAUCCCAAACUAUAAUGUUUCCACCUCCAUGUUUGACGAUGGGGAUGGUGUUCUUGGGGUAAUAGGCAGCAUUCCUCCUCCUCCAAACACGGCGAGUUGAGUUGAUGCCAAAGAGCUCGAUUUUGGUCUCAUCUGACCGCAACACUUUCACCCAGUUCUCCUCUGAAUCAUUCAGAUGUUCAUUGGCAAACUUCAGACGGGCCUGUAUAUAUGCUUUCUUGAGCAGGGGGACCUUGCGGGCGCUGCAGGAUUUCAGUCCUUCACGGCGUAGUGUGUUACCAAUUGUUUUCUUGGUGACUAUGGUCCCAGCUGCCUUGAGAUCAUUAACAAGAUCUUCCCGUGUUGUUCUGGGCUGAUUUCCUCACCGUUCUCAUGAUCAUUGCAACUCCACGAGGUGAGAUCUUGCAUGGAGCCCCAGGCCGAGGGAGACUGACAGUACUAUUGUGUUUCUUCCAUUUGCGAAUAAUCGCACCAACUGUUGUCGCCUUCUCACCAAGCUGCUUGGCGAUGGUCUUGUAGCCCACUCCAGCCUUGUGUAGGUCUACAAUCUUGUCAUUGACAUCCUUGGAGAGCUCUUUGGUCUUGGCCAUGGUGGAGAGUUUGGAAUCUGAUUGAUUGAUUGCUUCUGUGGACAGAUGUCUUUUAUGUUGGUAACAAACUGAGAUUAGGAGCACUCCCUUUAAGAGUGUGCUCCUAAUCUCAGCUCGUUACCUGUAUAAAAGACACCUGGGAGCCAGAAAUCUUUCUGAUUGAGAAGGGGUCAAAUACUUAUUUCCCUCAUUAAAAUGCAAAUCAAUUUAUAACAUUUUUUACAUGUGUUUUUCUGGAUUUUGUUGUUGUUCUUCUGUCUCUCACUGUUCAAAUAAACCUACCAUUAAAAUUAUAGACUGAUCAUUUCUUUGUCAGUGGGCAAACGUACAAAAUCAACAGGGGAUCGAAUACUUGUUUCCCCCUCACUGUACAUCCUCAUUCAAUUUCAACUAAAUUAAAUUAAAUAAAUUAGUCAAAUUAGACAGAAAGAUCAGGAAGAAAAGCGAAUAUAAAAUGGUGAUUGUAACUACGGUAACGAUUUACUGUGAUUACAUUUUCCAUAAUGCAUUUCAUUGUACCCCUAUAAGACAUACAGUUGUGGCCAAAUAUGUUGGCACCGUUGCACAUUUAUAAAAAAUAAUUUCUUAAAUAAUUUCAUCUAAAAUAAGUUGAUUAUUUGAUUUUCAACAUUUCACAGACAAUUUCAUAUUUUUAUUUAGAAAAGAAAGAAAAUGGCAUGGACAAAAUUAUUGGCACCCCGGAGCUACUACUAAAUAAAAUCUGUUCUGCAAUGUUGAAAAUCAAGUGACAAGUUUUACUUAAUGUUUUUGACUUAUUUGAGAACAAAUAGGGAAUUAUUUAAGAAAAGUGCAAGGUGCCAAUAUAUUUGGCCACAGCUGUAUAUAGUCGUCUAUUCCAUAUUUGAGAACAACCAUAAUGAUGACACUAUUAGGAUACCUAAACGAUGAGCUAUAGCAUAACAUUACAUGAAUACGCUAUAGAUACAGUUCAUGACCAAAAGUAUGUGGACACCUGCUCGUCCAACAUCUCAUUCCAAAAUCAUGGCCAUUAAUAUGGAGUUGGUCCCCCCCCCUUUGCUGCUAUAACAGCCUCCACUCUUCAGGGAAGGCUUUCCACUAGAUGUUGGAACAUUGAUAGACACACCCCCAUUCAUUCCAUUCAGCCACAACAGCAUUAAUGAGGUCGGGCACUGAUGUUGGGUGAUUAGGCUUGGCUCGCAGUCGGAUUUCCAAAGGUGUUAGAUGGGGUUGAGGUCAGGGCUCUGUGCAGACCAGUCAAGUUCUUCCACACCGAUCUCGACAAACCAUUUCUGUAUGGACCUCGCUUUUUGCACGGGGGCAUUGUCAUGCUGAAAGAGGAAAGGGUCUUCCCCAAACUGUUGCCACAAAGUUGGAAGCACAGAAUCGUCUAGAAUGUCAUCAUAUGCUGUAGCAUUAAGAUUUCCCUUCACUGGAACUAAGGGGCCUAGCCCGAACCAUGAAAAACAGUCCUAGACCAUUAUUCCUCAUGACGGGCUGUUCCCAACAAUAAUGAGAGAGAGAACAUAGAUAUAGAAAAGUAAUAAUAAAUACACAAUGAGUAACGUUAACUUUGAUAUAUACACGGGGUACCAGUACAGAGUCAAUGUGCAGGGGUACGAUUUAAUUGAGGUAGAUAUGUACAUAUUACUAGGAAUGAAGUGACUAGGCAACAGGAUAGAUUAUAAACAUUAACAGCAGCGUACGUGAUGAGUCCAGAAAGUUAGUGCAAAAAGGGUCAAUGCAGAUAGUCCGGGUAGCUAUUUGGUUAACUAUUUAGAAGUCUUAUGGCUUGGGGUUAGAACCUGUUCAGGGUCCUGGAUGUGUAAUGAAUGCAUUAUGGGUAUGUAGUGAAGGUAAAUCGUUACCAAAACAACAACUCCAAAGUCACAUCUCCCCCCUAGGUACCGUCCUGAUGCUGAAGGGCUCAGUGCUGUGCUUUUCCUUCCUGGACUUUGGUGGUGCUCUUAUCCAGAGUCCCUAUGAGGUGUGGCAGGACCCCAAAGGCCCCGAGGACCCAGACCGGCCCCGCAGGCGUAAGCUGGUCAACUUAUCCCCUCUGUCGUCACAGGAGGCGUGUGGGGACGGUCACCUGGCCGUGGUGUGUUCCGAGAAACAGGCCAAGGUCAUCCUCAUGCCAACCCAGGCUGUACUGUUCACACACAACAUCACAGAGUCCUCCUUCGUCCUGCAGGCUGACGUCGUCUCCGUCUGCAACAGCGUCUGCCUGGCCUGCUUCUGCGCAAACGGACACGUCAUGACCCUCAGGUUUACAGUCUGUCUGUCUCUGUUUUGAAGCUGUCUUGGUUGUAUACCCUUGAUGACACCCCAUUGAAGACAUGGACAGAAAAAUACCUGCAGUUCUUUCAUAUUCAUACAGGCACAUGGGAUCACUACUAAUGCUACUACCCUUGAGGACGUUGUUGUUGAUUUUUUUUUGUGUGUGUUGUUGUCUCCUCCCAGUUUGCCCAGUCUAAGACCCCUGAUGAAUGUCAACUACCUUCCCCUGACGGACAUGCGUGUCGCCCGGACCUUCGUCUUCACCAACGGCGGUCAGGCUCUGUACCUGAGCUCCCCUACGGAGAUGCAGCGCAUCACGUACAGCCAGGAGAUGACGGACAACCUGCAGGUCGGCGCCCAUCUGUGUCUACACGUGUGCUUUUGUCCCACUGUGAAUGUUUUGUGCGUCCGUACACACCGUCUGUGCAGCGUAUUUGUUAGUGAAUUGCGGAAACAAAUUCACAAUGUGCCUCAACUUGUUUGUUUGUGUGAGCGUUCAACAGAGUGGGUUCAUGCAGGAAUCCAUGCGAGUGCACAUACAUGUGUGUGUGUGUGUGUGUGUGUGUAUCAUUGGUAAUCCCAUUGCACUGUAGCCAUGACAGCACAUUGCAUCCUGAAACCAUGGCAGAGUGAUUUCUCAGGGCCUCUGGGGCAGUAAAUAUACAGGCGCCAUAGUUGAUACCUUUGGUAAAGCCCAAUCGUGACAUUGGCCCUUGAAGUGAAAUGUCACACUUUGUCAUGUGUGGUUUGAGCUCCACUCUGCUGAAUCCAUGGUGGAGUGUGUGUGUGUGUGUGUGUGUGUGUGUGUGUGUGUGCGUGUGCGUGUGCGUGUGCGUGUGCGUGUGUGUGUGUGUGUGUGCUUGCGUAAUCCAGCUUCAGACAUGCAUCCUCUCUUCCAGCAGCCACAUGACUGAACAUGCUGCGUAACCACACUGCCAUCUAAUGGCACAGUAAAACACCAACACUGUUAUGCUUCUCAACAAGCCUCCUUUUCAAAUUGGUUUACAAUUGAUGACUUUUCAAUUCACCUAUGACGUUUUAAACCCAUUUAAACCUAUUUCAUCAACUAUUUUAACCAACUUACAAUCCCUACAUGCCCACAUAUUGAGUGUAAUCUGCUGUUGUGCUUAUUUUGGUUCGAUAAGACUGUGUUACUAUGUGUUUAUUUUGAUAUGACUGUGUCACUAUGUGUUUAAUUUGAUAUGACUGUAAUCUAGUUCUUGAUUCGAUGUUGUUAUCAGCUCACUAACUGAUGGUUCAAUAUGACUAUGUCUAAUUCUCUGUUUGUGUCUUUUUCUGUAUCUGUCUGUCUUUGUGUGUGUGUUAAUACAUAUGGUGUGUUGAUUCAGGACAUGCUGGGGGAGCUGUUCAUUCCUAUAGAAACACCAGAGGCCCAGAACAAAGGAUUCCUCAAGGGCUUUUUCGGGGGCAAUAUCCAGACCUUAGACAGAGAGGAGUUGUGUAGGUCACCUUCUAGAUGUUGUGUGCUUUAGUUUGUGUUACAUGUGUGUACCAGUGAAUGAGUACGUGAGAGACAGUAUGUGAGAGACAAUUUGUGAGGGACAGUUUGUGAGAGACAAUAUGUGAGAGACAAUUUGUGAGGGGCAGUUUGUGAGAGAGACAGUAUGUGAGGGAUAGUUUGUGAGAGACAAUUUUUGUGAGAGACAUUAUUUGAGAGACAUUUUGUGAGGGACAGUAUGUGAGAGACAUUUUGUGAGGGACAGUAUGGUGAGAUGGAUGUCCCUAUCCAUCUCACCAAUUUCUCUCUAUAUCUCACUCUCUUUCGCUCUCAAUGCAAUUCAGUUUCAAUUCAAGGGGCUUUAUUGGCAUGGGAAACAUUUACAUUACAUUUACAUUUUAGCCAUUUAGCAGACGCUCUUAUCCAGAGCGACUUACAGUUAGUUAGUGCAUACAUUUGUAUACUGAAAUCGAACCCACAACCCUGGCGUUGCAAAUGCCAUGCUCUACCAACUGAGCUACAUCCCUGCCGGCCAUUUCCUCCCCUACCCUAGACGACGCUGGGCCAAUUGUGCGCCGCCCCAUAGGUCUCCCGGUCGCGGCCGGCUACGACAGAGCCUGGAUUCGAACCAGGAUCUCUAGUGGCACAGCUAGCACUGCAAUGCAGUGCCUUAGACCACUGCGCCACUCAGGAGCCGGCCGUAUGUUAACAUUGCCAAAGCAAGUUUUAGUGGAAAUAUUUGUAAGGGGUGUGUUGGUGCCAAUUUCUCCUCUUUCUACCCCUUCGACUAGGGUGGUAGUUGCAAAUUUGCCUCUGUUUAUUACGGAUGAUCAAAUCAGGAAGGUGUUGAGUCGUUUUGGUAAGUUUGCUAGUGGUUUUCGUGUACUGUCGGCAGGUUUUCAGGCAGAUGCCGUCAAGCAUGUUGUUUCGUUCCGGAGGCAAGUGUUCAUGUUUCUGAAUAACAAUGAGCAACAGUUAAAUGUGCAUUUUAAAGUGAGGCAUGGGGAGGGGCUCUACACAGGUUUUGCCAGCACAGAUAAUCUACGUUGCUUUGAGUGUGGGGAUUUGGAGCAUAAGAGCUUUGCGUGCCCACAUAAAAGCCGUAGACAAGGUGAGGGUUCAAUCGAGGUCAAGUGCAGGAGGCCAUGAGACGCAGGCAGCAGAGGCUGGGCCUACUCAUGCUAUAGAUGGUGGUGUAGAUGAGGCUGGGUCUAGUCAUGCUAUAGAUGGUGGUGUAGAUGCGGCUGGGUCUAGUCAUGCUAUAGAUGGUGGUGUAGAUGAGGCUGGGUCUAGUCAUGCUAUAGAUGGUGGUGUAGAUGAGGCUGGGUCUAGUCAUGCUAUAGAUGGUGGUGUAGAUGAGGCUGGGUCUAGUCAUGCUAUAGAUGGUGGUGUAGAUGAGGCUGGGUCUAGUCAUGCUAUAAAUGGUGGUGUAGAUGAUGCUGGGUCUAGUCAUGCUAUAGAUGGUGGUGUAGAUGCGGCUGGGUCUAGUCAUGCUAUAGAUGGUGGUGUAGAUGAGGCUGGGACUAGUCAUGCUAUAGAUGUUGGGGUUGAUGAGGCUGGGUCUAGUCAUGCUAUAGAUGGUGGUGUAGAUGAGGCUGGGUAUAGUCAUGCUAUAGAUGGUGGUGUAGAUGCGGCUGGGACUAGUCAUGCUAUAGAUGGUGGUGUAGAUGAGACUGGGUCUAGUCAUGCUAUGGAUGGUGGUGUAGAUGAGGCUGGGACUAGUCAUGCUAUAGAUGGUGGUGUAGAUGAGGCUGGGACUAGUCAGGUUAUGCUAGUGGAUGAGGAGAGUGUAGUGGGGUGGUUAAGGGACUGGGGGGGUGGAGGAGGGUGUCAAGCGGAAGAGGAAAAAGGGGGAGAAGAAAGGAGGUGGGAGGGGAGAGGCUGGAGAGGCUGCAGAGGCUGGUGUGGUGAAAGGCACCAAGGAACCUUUGCCUGGUCCUGGGGGGGGGGGAGGCCCCGACUAGAGAGGAAGGGCAGGUGGUCAGGAUGGGAGAUGGAGUUGAGGAGGAGGAAGGUGAGUCUGAGGAAGAGGAUGAUGAGGAGGAUUUAUUUUCAGACUCCACCUCAAUGGGUCCAGAGCUGACAGCCAGUCAGUCAGAGGGGUCAAAGUACACGGUGACGGAACUGUCAAGGUUCCUGAAUGAGACUAAGGGGAAAUAUUUUUAAUCUUGAGGCUUUUUUUUGCGAUCCGGGAAAGUUUGUAAGAUCAGUACAACAUGCUAUGAAAAAUGAGGGGCAUGGUGUCCUCUCACCCGGAAACGGUUUAGGUUGAGGAAGUGGGUCACAACCGUGCGUAAAGGUCUACCUUCAGACACUGGUGGAUUUUGUCUGGUCGGGCAAUCACUAGCUUAGGGCGGCAGUGUUGUAUGUGUCCGUACAUGAAGGAGGACAGGGCCUGGUGGAACUGGAGAGCAGGGUGGCUGCAUUCCGACUAAAGGCGGCGCAGAGACUGCUGUACCAUACAGAUGUCGGAAGGAGGGAACCAGCAUGCGCGCUGUUGAGGAGAGCUGGCGGAUUAGGGUUAGACCGGCAGCUAUUCCUCAUGUGGCUGGAGGGCCUGAGUAGAGCAGGUCUCUCUGAUUUUUACUCUGCGGUGCUGAGGGCCUGGCAGCUACUAAGGCCCACACGAGAAGGGGGUGUGGAGCUUGGGCUGUGGGUGUGGGAGGAGCCUAUCUUCCACAACCCAGCCAUCCUUUUUGAGAUUGGUUCAGUCGGCCACCCUGCAGAGGCGACUGAUGGCAGCGGGAUUACUAAGGCUGGGUGACCUGCGACUGCUGGGAGAGGAGGGGUGGAAAACCCCAGAAGUCCUAGCACAACAAACAGGACUAACAUCUCUUAGGCUGCUGGAGAGAUUACAUUACAUUUUUGUCAUUUAGCAGACACACUUAUCCAGAGCGACUUACUGUUAGUGAGUGCACACAUUUUUUUUUUCAUACUGGCCCCCCGUGGGAAUCGAACCCACAACCCUGGCGUUGCAAACGCCAUGCUCUACCAAUAGAUUCCUGGGGGAAGUCCAGGAGGCAUUGUCUGAGCCGGUAAAGGGGGUGUUUGAGCGGCCAAAGGGGGAGGGGCCACCAAUGUUACCGCCACUGCACGUGACGGCAGAGACUUGGGACUGGCAAGGGGGUCUGGAGGACUUGUUAGGCGGGGCGGAGUAUGUGGGGGGGAGAGUAUGGUGGGUUUUAGAUGGAGAGAUGGCUCUACAAACUCCCAGUACCAAAGAGGUCAGGGGACCUCCAGUGGAGGGUUCUACAUGGAGCCCUGGCCACUAACAGCUGGUUGGAACGGGUUGAACCGGGAGUCAGACAGGGGUGUCCUUUCAGUGUCAUGAGUGAAACUGUGCAUCAUGUGUUUUCUGUGUGCGCCAGGUUAAUGCCUUUAAUGUCUCAGUUGGAAUGUCUGUGUGAGAGGUUGGGGGUGGAGUUUACUGUCGGGAUGUUUAUAAUGGGGUUCAGGUAUUCAAAUAAGGAAAAGGCUAAAUGUGUGUGGUUGAAUUUUCUGUUUGCUCAGGUAAAGUUAGCUAUUUGGAUAACAAGGAGGAACAGGGUCAAAGGUGGGGGGAUAACAGACCCUUUACUAUUAUUUAAUGGGAUGGUCUCUGUGCGCCUUAGGGUGGGAUUUGAGUUCUAUAAAAUGAUAAAAAGUGUGGAGAUGUUUCAAGAGAUAUGGUGUAUAGCUGGGAAAGAUGGUCUGGAUAUAUGGUUGUAGAAGUGGUGAGGUUUGGGUUAUUGUGAUGUGUGGUGUUGUUUUUGUAUCGUGGGGUAGAGGGAAAGGUGAGUCUGCAGUCCAGGGGAUAUUGGUAUAUUUUUAUUUUAGGGGGUGGGGGGGGCUGAGGUUUUAAUGAAAUGACGAUCUACUAUUAAAGAAAGCUCUUCUUCUAUCCCCCUCCUCUCCAUCUCUCUGUAGUUGGGGAGGCAGCAGCGGGUAAGGCCUCCCGGGAGCCUGGCCAAGCACAUCCCUGGUCCAAUGGGUUUGGAGAACAUGAAGGCCGCGGCCGGCGGGGUGGUGGGGGACCUGGCCCGAGCCCGCAUCGCCCUGGACCAGAGAGGAGAGCGACUGGGAGAGCUGGAGGAACGCACCGCCCUCAUGAUGAACAGCGCAGAGAUGUUCUCCACACAUGCCCACCAGGCAAGGCCCACCAGCUAG